UUACAACAGCAAACAAUCAACACCAACCUCGCAAGAAACAAACUGAAAUCAAAUACGCGAAGCAAUCCACUCGGAAUUCCUCCCUCCACUCUCCGACACCGCCACAACAACUACCACCAAAGCGACUAUCAUCCCAUAAAACUCCCACAAAAUGGUCCGCAUCAAACACCGCUACCUCCUCGUGGACAUCCUCUACCCAGACCCAACCACCUGGCCCACGACAGGCCCCAAGUCGCAGCCUCAGUCGCAGUCCCGAAAACUCACCGCAAACUCCGCCCAACUCCACAUCCACGCGCCCACCUCGGACGCACUGACCCCAAGCCUCCUCGCGAAACUCGUCCGCGAGCAAGUCGCAGAGCUCUUCGGCGACUGGGGCGUCGGACGCCUCGGCGGCGCGGGAGCUGGUGGUGUUAGUGUCAAAUACCUCUCCCCCGCGACCUCAACAGCGAUAAUUCGGUGUCCCCGCGCCUCGUUCCGGUUGGUCUGGAUGGCGUUGUCGUGUUUGCAGGCUGUACCGGAGUUGGGGCCUGGUGGUGGUGGUGGUGGGCGCUAUGCGGCGAUGACGAGGCGGUGCGUUUUUCGGGUUAUUCGUGUGUCUGGGACGAUGCGGAAGGCUGAGGAGGAGGCCAUUCGGCGUGCUAGGAGGGAGGUUUUGAAGGUGCGUGGUGGUGGGGAGGAUGCGUUGGGGGUGCUGGGGGCGUUGGUUGGGUUUGAGUCUGGGUCUGGGUCUGGGUCUGGUUCGGUCGGUUUGGGGGAUGGGGAUGCGAAUGAGGAGGUCGAUGGGGUUAUGGAUGAGGAUUUGAGUGGGGAUGAAUAG